GUGGCGCCCGUAACCUCUGCGCACUGACGUCGGCGCGCCGACGUGACGUGCUGACGCAGCGCUCUGGGCGCCUCCGCCCUCCCGGGCUCCAGUCCAGCGGCGGGAGGCCUGGGGCGGCGCUUCGGUUUGUGGGAGCCGCUGUGGUGUGAAGGCGCGAGGCCGGUGGGAAGGGCCGGCCCUUGUACCCUCCUCCUCCGGGUCUGCAGCUCCCCAUCCCAGAUGGACAGGGUGUGCGCCGUGUUCGGAGGCUCCCGGGGCAUCGGCAGGGCGGUGGCCCGCUUGAUGGCCCAGAGAGGCUACCGACUGGCCAUCGUCGCCCGGAAUCUGCAGGGGGCCAGAGCCGUGGCCGGGGACCUGGGCGGAAUGGAUCGUCACUUUCUCUGCGAAUUUCAGUUUCUGGAGGGAGAUCAUUUGGCAUUGAGCUGUGAUGUUGCCAAAGAACAUGAUGUUCAAAAUACAUUUGAAGAGAUAGAGAAGAACUUAGGUCGAGUUAAUUUCUUGGUAAAUGCAGCUGGAAUUAACAGGGAUAACCUCUUAGUAAGGACAAACGCCGAAGACAUGCUGUCUCAGCUUCAUACUAACCUCUGGGGCUCCAUGCUGACCUGUAGAGCUGCCAUGAAGACCAUGAUCAAACAGCAGGCAGGGUCCAUUGUGAAUGUGGGAAGCGUUGCAGGUGUAAAAGGCAGUUCUGGCCAGUCCGUGUACAGCGCCAGUAAAGGCGGGCUAGUUGCGUUCUCACGCUCUCUUGCUAAAGAAGUAGCAAGAAAGAAAAUUAGAGUGAAUGUAGUUGCGCCAGGAUUUGUUCAUACAGAUAUGACGAAAGACUUGAAAGAAGAACAUUUAAAGAAAAACAUCCCUCUUGGGAGGUUUGGAGACCCCCUUGAUGUGGCCCAUGCAGUUGUGUUUCUUUUGGAGUCUCCAUACAUUACAGGGCACGUCCUGGUGGUGGACGGAGGCUUGCAGCUCACCAUGUAGCCAACUGAUAUGGCUAUUAUUAGAGUCAAAGGCACACAGUGUUAUACCUGCAUUCGCUAAUCAAACCUACUGAUGCUACAAAUGUUGAUUUCCAUCUUUAUAUGAAUAUGUCUGUAGAGGACAGUAUGUGACCAGCUGUGCUUUCUAAAUGACACGUACCUUCCAGGCUGCAGCAGUGUUAGUGUGUAGUCACCCUCGGUACCCACAGGGAUCUGCCCUAGGAGCCCCCGAGUCUUCAGAUGCUCCAGUCCCUUACAUACCACAGCCUCCAUAGUAUUUGCAUAUAACCUAUGUAUACUUUUUUUUUUUUUAGUUUCUGCUUUAUAACAAAGCGAAUCAGUCAUACAUAUACAUCUGUUCCCACAUCCCUUCCCUCUUGCGUCUCCCUCCCUCCCACCCUCCCUAUCCCACCCCUCCAGGCGGUCACAAAGCACCGAGCUGAUCUCCCUGUGCUAUGCGGCUGCUUCCCACUAACCUACGUAUACUUUAAAUCAUCUUUAGAUAAUGCAUAAUACCUAACACAGUGACAAGGUUGUGUAAAUAAUUGAAGUACAGUGGAAAUGCAGUGUAUUUUUGGAAUUUGUGGAAUUUUUAAAAAAAUAUUUUCUAUCCGUGGUUGGUUGAAUAUGGAUGUGGAAGUCAUGGAUGUGGAGAGCUGACUGUAUAGGCAUUUUGCAAGUGAUAUAAACAGAUGUUAUCUUAAUUUAUACAUUUUGUGGCAAAAGUGGGAAAAAUUAUAUGGUCUAAUUGUCAUUAGUUGUUUUGUUGUAUCAGGCUGAAUACUCCAGAAGUUAACCUUGGAGGCCAUUGCCAAAGUAAGAGUAUUUACAGGGCAUGGGUAGGUGUCAAUACCUCAGCAGCCCUGCUAGAGUUAAACAUUGUAUCCCUUUUGCCCCUUAGACAGUCAUUUGAUUUACAGGUUGAAAUGAAUGUGGAGUUUGGUUUCUCUGAGUGGCAUUGCUCCUCCUUGAGCCACUGGGCUCAAUAAAAUGCAAGUGCAGGUGUGGACAGUUGACCCAUCCUGUGGAAGUUCUCAAAGAUGGUGAGGGUUAACUCUUACUGAUUUAACACCUGGUACUGUUGUGAGCUGCGUAGAUCUCAUCAGCUUAGGAAGUGGAAGUGUUUCGUUUUUUGUUUUUGUUUGUUUUGUUUUUUUAAAUCCACAAAAACAGUUUAGCAGGCUACUUAAAAACAGCAAUAAUAAUAUUCUUGCCUGACAUUUUAGAAAACUAAUAAUUAUGAACAAUCAUAAAUAAGUAAAUAUGCAGUAACAGUGAGUUAAAUGUCUUUACAAGGAACAGGUUAAGCAUUAGUCUUAAAAGAAGAUGUUUGCCUGAGAUUAGAGAUUAAGACACAAACUGAGUGAAAACAUCAGAUGACGCCUACUUUGCAUUGAACUGUUUUGUGGGGAAUACCGUGAGCAUUUUAAAUGUCACUGGAUUCAUGUUGAUUUCUAUAAUUUGUCCUUUUAAAAUGUUUUAAAUAUUUAUUGCACCUUAAACAGCAAUCUUUUUACAGUUUUAUUGGAGCCGAAAUGAUUUUAUGUAAACAUUUAAUUUAUAUUGAAAGUCGAUGCAAACGUAUUAAUAGGAUAUAUUAAAUAAAUGCAGAGUAAUAAAAGUAAAAUAACAAAGUCAAGUCUGUGUUCCAAAUCAAGAUUCCUGAUUCCUUAAAAAUUCUUUUGCACUGAUCUUCAAAAUAGCCUUCUUUACUUCGAGAAGUCUGUUUAGGACGUGAGCAAGCCAGUGUAAGUUACUAUUGUAACCGGACGGUCUGCUCACCGCAGACACGGCGGUGCACAGACCGCGCUCAGGCGUGCACAGUGCCCGGCGCUCGCAGGGAAGCAGCGGUUGGGGCGGUGUCCGGCGUCCUGCGCACGGAGCACGCGCUUCUCCAGCGCCGCCUGCCUGCAGGCCUUGCCGGGCGGCCGCGGGCCAGAGCCCUCCUCAGACUCCAGUGCUCCAGACCCCGUGGGGCCGCCUCGGCUGGUGGUCGGCAAGGAAGCAGGUGUCGCUGGAACGAAUGGCGCUGAGGUGUGGCUUACGGAUGGCUUUAACCUUCAAGUGUGUAUAUUCACACGUCAAGUCAUGACCCCUUUUGAAGCGUCCACCCGCUCCCGCCCACAUCGAACUUCUGGAAGGUGGAGCGAGGCCUUAGACAGGUGCAGCCAGCUGCCCCCACCCCGCAGGUGACGUCUCCAUCGGCUCCCACCGCCUGGGCGGGACGUGUUUCGUGCUCUCUUCCUGGUGCUGAAAUGGGUUGCCAGCUGUUGCUCAUAUUCAGAGAUUCAAGAACUUCAGUGGAUUCUUAACAAGAUAACUCAGCUGCAGCUCUUAUAUGGCUCUUAGGAGCCUGCAAUCCAGUCUGUGUUGGGUACUUGUUAGGAAAUGGUUUAUGGCUAAAGCCAGUGUUAACAUGUUUGCAUGGGACGUUUUUAAA